AUGCGGUGUUUCAAGAAUCGCUGCAGCACACCUCUGGAGCGCUUUGCUGCAUCCUUGACGAGGGGGGAUGUGGACACACCACAGGAGUUCCCCAUCUUGUUCCCGAUGUACACAGUGCUUCUCGAUGUUGUGCUGCAGAUGACCAGUGUCAGGCCACACGAACAACUUGUGGAGGAAGGUGCGUUGACGAUCUUCAAGGAGGGCAUGGGGCAAGCACUGUUCGUGUCACAUCAAUGGGUCACCAAGUCACAUCCAGACCCAGAGUUCAAGCAGUUCCGGGUAUUGCAAGAGGCAUUGCAGAACAUCAUGUCGGGUGUCAGCCAAGUUUCGACGGACAUGAUCACGGAGGCAAUAUUUGGGCUUACCAAGGCGCUGUCGGCCUCUGAAUUGCAGCCGGGCAAACUCUUCUUGUGGUACGACUAUUUCUGCUGUCCACAGGAUCCAGUCCUCACCCUCCAUUGCUCCGGACAAAAAGCUGGAAAUGCCAUCGAGAGCAAUCAGCAGCGAGCAAUCAGCAGCAUUCCGGCUUACAUCUCCAAGUGCAAGUUCUUCAUGGCGCUUUGCCCGGUCGUUGAGAGCCCAGAUGAGUCCCAAGUGUUCAGCCAGUUCACGUGGGCUGGCAGAGGAUCGGGAUAUUGGUUUGCUGGUUUGAACAAUGCAAAAGGAAGGAUCAAUGAAGGGAGCGGACGGUGGGCGGGACAGAGUGAGCGGGACACGGAACAGGAGAUUACAACGCCUUUGACAGUGGACUCACCAGGCGACGGUCAAUUCAGUGUGGAGCAGGACCGUGCUGCUGUCGCUCCUGUCUUGAAGAGCGUUUUGAAGAGCAAGCUCCUCAUGCAUUUGGUGGAGGGUGACUUUGUCAACUACCGAAUACUACUGAACCAACAAAAUGCUCGUCUACGUGGUCUUCCGGCAGAGAGCAACGAUGAUUUGGUGCCUGGGUUUGAGCCGCCAUCUCAUGCAGGAAAAGCUGAAACGGCUUUGGCCAAGUUUCUGUAUCAGAACGGAUUCAAACAUCCGCUUGAACGUGACAAAGCCGGUUGGUCUACCCUGUGCUAUGCAUCGGUGAGAGGUGAUCCGGACUUGGUGCAAGCAUUGCUGAGCUGUCGUGCAAAUCCCAACGACAAAAUCACCAGGGCACAGCCCCAGCUUGGCAUCGACAAGGGGAUCAGUGUUCGGGGCAUUCUCCAAACUGCGUUGAGCUGUGCCUGUUAUGUGGAUGACGCAGAAGCAGUGCACCGCCUCUGUGAUUCAGGCGGUGAUCCCAACGAAACGAAUACCUUUGGGGUUUCUGCUUUGCGGCAGGCCUGUGUGACAGGGUCCCUUCACGCAAUGGCAGCCUUGUUUGAGCAUACGGACAAGUUGGACAUGUCUCUGUCGCUGCAUUGGGUUGCCAUGGGACAGGGCGGAUCUGCGAAGGCCAUCGACAUGCUAAUCAACGCCCGGGCGGACGUAAACGAACGGUAUCGACCAAACAUGUUCAGCCCUUUCGGCAUGCUUUGGCGGAUAAAGGGGCUUCAACAUAACCCCGGUGGAAAAACAACCCAGCUUCGCAUUGUUGGCUACCAUCACUAUGGAGCCACACCGCUCAUGAUAGCCAUCAUCUGCGGAAACUACGAAGCAGCAGCAGCCCUCUUGGUGAGAGGAGCAAGGUGUGAAAGUACGAACAGCCCGGAGCUCCCGGAGCUCUGGGCUUUUGUGCCGGGCCGGGACAAGGGCUACGAUGGCUGCAGUCCGGCCUCUGUGAAGUUCUCGCCGGCAGGUAUUCACGUGGUGGUUCAGCGCUGCUCCAAGGCUCGGCUUCUUUUGGCAGAGUCCGAGGACAAGUGGGCAGAAGUUGGAAGAGGCCUGGUUUUACAUGUUUCCUUCUCCAAAGGUGCCGCUUCAGAGGCAGGCGCUGACAGCGAAGUCGCCGCUCGCUGUUUGAAGCAAGCAGCGAAGUCGCUGCUGACGGCUCCGCUCUCGUCAUCAGGGCAGUGGCAAAGUGACCACGCCGAUGCCGAGUCCGUGCUGAAGCUAUGCUCCCGGGGCGAGGCACAAAGCUUGCUGAUCGUCCCGCAAGCAUCCUUGGUUUGCAAGCUGGAGCUGGGUGACAGGAAUCUUAAGUAUCAUCAGCAGUGCCCGCGGGACACCGCGGCCGCUUUGCCAAGAACUGAGUUCCAUUGA